AGCAAGCCAGGAGGAAGCCCCAGCAACUCUGACCUGGACAAUCGGCCUGUGAAGAUGCAGCUCCUCCUGCUCCUCUUAGCCUGCAUUCUGGUUCCUAGGGCAGAGACAGGGGAGAUCAUCGGGGGACAUGAGGCCCAGCCCCACUCUCGUCCCUACAUGGCAUAUGUUCAGUUCUUGAAACAAAACAAACAGGCAUGCGGUGGUUUCCUGAUCCAAGAAGACUUUGUGCUGACGGCUGCUCACUGCUAUGGAAGCUUCAUGUCUGUCACCCUGGGUGCCCACAACAUCAAACAGAAGGAAGAUACCCAGCAACACAUCUCUGUGAGAAGACCCAUCCCCCACCCAGACUAUGAUGAGAGAAUAAAUGUCAAUGACAUUAUGCUCCUACAGUUGGAGAAAAAGGCUGAAUUGACCGAUGCUGUAGACAUACUGCAGCUACCUGAGGAGAACACCCAGGUAAUUCCAGGGAAGAUGUGCAGUGUGGCCGGCUGGGGCAAGAUUUCAUUGGGCACGUCAACAACCAAACUGCAUGAGGUGUUCCUGACUGUGCAGAAAGACCAGGAGUGUAAAUCCCGCUACCCCAUGUACUACAAGAGCACCUCUGAGAUCUGUGUGGGAGACCCGAAGAGAAAGGCAGCUUCCUAUCAGGGAGACUCUGGAGGCCCGCUCGUGUGUGACAAGGUGGCUCAGGGCAUUGUUUCGUAUGGAAGGAAAAAUGGGAUUCCUCCACGGGUCUUCACCAAAAUCUCGAGUUUCCUGAUAUGGAUAAACGAUACCAUAAAGAGCAUCCAAAUGAAGAACUCAAACUGA